AUGGGCUCGAUGGGCGGCGAUCUCCCCAAAACUGCACCAGCAGCAGUUCUGGCCGGCGCAUACGGCGAGCCGUACAGGAUCAAAGACGUCCCCAUCCCUGUGCCGUCUGCCCAGGACGCCCUCGUGGAGUUGGAGUACAGUGGCGUAUGCCAUGGCGACGUCUACGCGAGGGAUGGAGGUGGCCCUGCGCCCAAAGACCCCGUCCGACCCUUGACGGGCGGCCACGAAGGGGUCGGGAGGAUAGUCGCCAUGGGCACAGACGGGCUGGACGGGUUCAAGGUCGGCGAUGUCGUUGGCAUCGCGUGGAGGAGCUAUGUCUGCGGGACGUGUCAGGCUUGCCAGGCAGGGUCGGAGAAUCAUUGCUUCAACCAAAAGAUUACCGGGGCGCAUCGGGACGGGACUUUCCAACGAUACAUCGCCUUUCCAACCUCACAGCUGGUUCCUGUCCCGUCGGGCGUCUCACUCCCGAGCGUCUGCCCAAUCCUAUGCGCAGGAGUCACGGCGUAUGCGGCGCUACAACGCAUGAGCCCUCAAGCAGGGAAAUGGUGCGUGAUAGUCGGCGGUGCCGGCGGUCUGGGACAUCUAGCCAUCCAGUACGCCAAGGCGAUUGGGCUGAAAGUCGUUGCCAUCGAUGGAGGAUCGCCGGAGAAGGAGCAGUUCUGCGCAAAGAUGGGAGCCGACGUCUUUGUGGACUUUACACGCCCGGGUCUCGUGGAGACGAUUGUCGACAAGACUGGAGGCGGCGCGAAUUACGUCCUUGUUCUGAGUCCGCAUCAGUCGUCCUACGAUGCCGCGGGAGAAUAUGCCAGCUUUGGCGCGCAGAUAAUGGCCAUUGGAAUUGGAAAUUUACAAACCCUCCCUGCACGCCCUCACUUCUACUCUUACUUUCCCAUAUCCAACCCAAUGCACAUUUUCCCAUACAUCUUCUUUGCUAAUCUCACCAAACCCCGGCCUCAAUUCAGCAUGUCCCUGCGCCCACUCCUGCGGAAAGACCUGCUCGUGCGCUCCAACCAGACCGGCACGAAACGCGACAUGAAGGAGGCCCUGCAGAUCUUCGCGGCGGGCAAGGUCGUCCCAGAGCUGGAAGUCGUGGGCCUGCGGGACACCAAUGACGCGCUGGACCGGAUCAAGCAGGGCAAAGUCAUGGGCAAGUUGGUGGCGGAUUUGAGGGGCGGGACUGGGAAGGAGAGGUAG